CCUCGACCUGUCGCCCCAGGCGCUACGCCGCGCGGGCCUGACCGAGGCGGGCGUUGAUCCGCACGGGGCCGGCGUCGACCUGCGGGAUGGGUUCUACCAGUUCGUCGACAAUGAUCUGGCGGACUGGUUCGGUUUCGACUUCGCGGAGCCAGCGGGCUUCUUUGACUGCCCGGACGUCUACAUCACCGACUCGCGGACCUUCGGCGAGGUCUCCAGUGACACGCGGAUCUUCCCGGUCUUCAGGGGCCUACCCGUGGACUGGAGCUGGUCGCUGUGGUUUUGCCAGCUCGUCACCGAGUCGGCCGAGGUGACGGCCGUCGCCCGGGUAGCGGGCACCGACUACCCGCGCGUGAUCUCGGACAAGAAGCCCGCGCCGCGCCCGUUGCCAGUGGGCGGCCGCUGGUCGCCCCCUACGUUGACAACGCGAACAUAUUCGGCGUCUGCUCCGCCCGCCGACGUCCGCGCUGCCCUCGAGGAGGUCUGCGCCGAGCUGGACCGCCUCGACCUUGCCUUCCACGAGAAGGUCGAGCCAGUCCGUCUCUACGAGUCGGUCGGGGUGGUCUUCGACGGGCAGGCGCGGAAGCUUCGACACGCGGACGCGAGGGCCUGGAAGCUAUACCUCGGGCUCCAGCACUUCGUCAGCGUGGGUGGCGCGUUCGCCAAGUUCGACUCCGACCUGAUGGCCGAGCUCCGCAUCGCCAAGGGGCUGAUCUUCUUGGCGGAGGUCGACCUGGGGGCCCCGUGGGCUCCGGCGGCGCACUGCAGCGACGCCAGCACCUUCGGCCACGCGCUGCACGAAGCGUGCCUGCCCAAUCCUGAGCUGCUCGACUCCCCCAGUGCCCGGGAGCGGUGGCGUUUCCUGGACGUGGGGCCCGCGUUUCCGCAUGGGCUCCAGGAUGGCCCGCCUUCGGCAAUGGGGGCCGAGGCGACGGCCGCCCUCGCAGCUGGGCUUGUCUGCGGCCCCGCCUACGAUUUUGACGACGAGUACCGCAGCGGCGCCUGCCUGGACCGCCGCCCUGCGCGCACCGCCCUCCUCGAGCUCGACGGCAUCGCGCAGCCGGUCUCCGACGCCGCGGUCGACCGCCGCCGCUGGGCCCUCAUUGCGCGAGGGGCUUGGAGGCAUGCCGCCCCCAUCCAUGCGAAGGAGGCCCGCGCCCAGCUCCUGGGCCUGAUUCGGGCCUCCAGGAGCGCCCGGAUGCGCGGCCGCCGCAUCGGCUGCCUCGGCGACAACAUGGCGGCGCCCUUCAGCUUCGAGAGUGGCCGCGCCCGCGACUUCGCCCUUCGGCAGCUGCGCAGGGUCGCGGCCGCGCGUCAGAUCGCCACGGACAUCCAGUGGCGGCAGCGGCACAUCGAGACUGCCAGCUUGAGACCUCCAGCCCCCGCCGAGAGCUUGAGGGCGGCGCCGCCGGCCGCGGGCCCCGCUGGCGGCUUGUCCGAGCCGGGCGCCCGCCGGCGCUUGGCCCGCGCGGCCGGCCUGCAUGCCCGCCGAGGCUUUGAAUUGUGUGAGAUCUUCGCGGGCUGCUGCGCUCCGCUCACCGCCACCCUCAGGGACCUGGGGCCCCUGGUCACGACCCCGGUCGACCUGGUAAACGGGCCGCACUUCGACGUCCUGGGCUACCGGGUCUUCAACGUCCUAGCCUCCUGGAUCCGGGCCCGUGAGCUCUCGCGGGUGCACUUUGGGACUCCGCUCUCUGGACCUCCUGACGCCCUGCCAGGCCUCCUGGCGCUCCGCAACGGGGGGCUCGCUGGUUUCGGGCCCGAGCCGGUCGCGGGGACUCGCGGGCGGCGAAACUACGUCGAACCCGAGGUCCUGGCGGCCAGGAGGCGCGCCCGCGCCGCACAGAUGCCGCUGCCUCACCUCCAGACACGUCGGGCCCGCCCCAUCACGGCCGCCAGGUGCCUCGACUUCUCCACGAAGUUCAAGGUUUGGGCGCAGAAGCAGGGCCGCCCGCUGACGUCCCGCGACUCCGUCGACCGCGCGAUGGAGGACUACCUCGACGCCCUCUAUUUCGAAAGGAGGGCGCUGGCCGAGGGCCGCUACGCAGUGCACGGGGCCAUCCACUGCCUCCGCUACCCACGGAGGACGCCCUCCACGCUCCCGCUCAGCCGCGAUGCGCUGGCAGGCUGGAGCCAGGCAGGGCCCGAGCGAGUCCGCGACCCGCUCCCGUGGAAGGCCGCCGUGCUGAUCGCCGACCGAAUGCUCCAGCAGGGGCCUCUCGGCGAGGCCGCCGCGGGGGCCCAUGUCACCAGCUUCGACGGCUACCUCCGGCCGUCCAGCGUGGCGAGCUUCAAGGCCGGCCGCAGCUUCGUCGCAGAACUCCUCGUCAGGCUGAAGUCGCAGCGGCCGCCCCACCGGCCGCUGCCCCCGUUGAAGCUGUCCGAGUACGAGAGGCACUUCAACGCCACGGUCGACGCCCUCCGCCUGAACCGCCUGGACAUCACGCGCUGCGAGAAGGCGGGCACCCUGAUGCGGCAACUCGUGAAAGUGCCGCGGCCUCUGCUGCUGUCUUUCCCUGCGAAGCUGGCCCAGCUCAAGGCCAGCCUGCUUCGCUGA